AUGAGUACGGGUCUUUGUUACAAAUGUCAUCAGUCCGGUCAUUUUGCACGCUUAUGUCCCCAAGGAGGAGGUGACCGUAGCAGUCGUGGCAAUCGUGAUGGUGGGAAUUUUGGACGUGGUGGAGGCCGUGAUAAGUGCUUUAAAUGCAACCGAUAUGGACAUUUUGCACGGGAAUGCAUAGAAGAAAAAGAUAGAUGUUACCAUUGCAAUGCAGUUGGUCACAUAGCUCGAGAUUGCCCUCAGCCAUCAAGUGAGCCAUCAUGUUAUAAUUGUAACAAGACAGGGCACAUAGCUCGCAAUUGUCCAGAGGGAUCAUUAAAAUCUUGUUAUUCUUGUGGCAAGACAGGUCAUAUCAGUAGGCACUGUGAUCAGCCUGACGAUCGUAAUAACCGCUAG